UCCCUCCCUCCCGCCGCCGCCAUCGGCCAUCGCCGCUGCUCUCCUUCGACUGGCGCGGGAGAUCACAGUAAUCGAAGCGAGGAUCUCCAAGUCCCGAAUCCGCCGAAUAUCUCAAGAUGUACUCUGGAGAUGAGAUUGAUGGAGAUACAAAGGUUGAAGGAGCGACACAUUACAGGGAUAUAAGACGCUACAAGUGUGAAUUUUGCAUGGUUGUUAGGUCCAAGAAAUGUCUCAUCCGAGCUCACAUGGCUGCACAUCAUAAGGAGGAACUGGACGAAUCAGAAAUCUACAAGUCAAACGGAGAAAAGAUUGUUCAGGAAGGUGACCACAACUGCCAAGAGUGUGGUGCUUCUUUUCAGAAGCCAGCUCAUCUCAAGCAGCAUAUGCUAAGUCAUUUAGAUGAGAGAUCCUUCAUGUGCCCACUUGAAGACUGCCCCUUCAGCUAUAAAAGGAAAGAUCACUUGAACCGUCAUUUGCUUAAGCAUCAAGGGAGGUUGUUUACCUGCCCUAUGGAUGGUUGUGGUAGGACGUUCAAUAUCAAGGCAAAUAUGCAAAGGCAUGUAAAGGAAAUCCACGAGGAUGGAAAUGCUACUAAAAGCAACCAGCAGUUUGUUUGUAAGGAGGAGGGCUGUAACAAGGUUUUCAUGUAUGCUUCAAAGCUGAAGAAACAUGAAGAGUCACAUGUGAAAUUGGACUAUGUGGAAGUAGUCUGCUGUGAACCAGGCUGCAUGAAGAUGUUCACAAAUGUUGAAUGUUUGAGGGCUCAUAAUCAGGCAUGCCAUCAAUAUAUUCAGUGUGUUAUCUGUGGGGAGAAAUACCUGAAGAAGAACAUUAAGAGGCACCUACGAGCCCAUGAAGGGGCCCCAUCUACGGAAAGGAUAAAAUGCAGCUUCGAGGGCUGUGGAUGCUCCUUUUCCAAUAAAUCAAAUUUAACGAAACACCUCAAGGCAUGCCAUGAUCAAAUCAAGCCUUUCGCAUGUCGAUACACGGGGUGUGAAAAGGUGUUUCCAUACAAGCAUGUCAGGGACAACCAUGAGAAAUCCAGUGCUCAUGUAUACACCCAAGCUAACUUCAUGGAGAUGGACGAGCAGUUGCGCUCGUGCCCAAGAGGUGGACGGAAGAAGAAAUCUGUGACUGUCGAAACUUUUACACGCAAGAGGGUCACCAUGGAUGGCGAUGCUUCAUCGUUGGACAACGGCACGGAGUAUCUACGCUGGUUGCUUUCUGGUGGGGAUGAUGAUGCGAGCCACGCCCAUUAGUCGCAUCUUUGUUGUAUCCUUUAGUGAUGUUGUCAAUACUUUGUCGUAAAGGGGUGUGCUAGCCCACUCACGUUGGUAGUUAGUGUAAGUAGUUGAUCUGAAUUCAGAAAGUGCAGCAGUUUUAGAGGAAACUAUAUAUGUUUAGCCUAAUUUAGUAGGCUUAGCGUUUGAGUCGCGCGGCUGUGUAUAUAUUUUGAUUCUGUACUGCUUUGACCACUGUAGCUGGAAGCUGGAACUUCAAUUCAGUUAUUCAGUAGACUCGGUGAAUGCAAAGUUGAUGUGAUCAAGUGUUGGCUUCUUCUCGAGUCGUCGUAUCAUGAAGCAUAUAAUGUUGUUUUGUCUAAAUUGCUCAGUCUUGUGCAAAGAUAUCUUUGUC